AUGGCGAGUUGUUUCUGUUGUGAUGCGCUGUGAUCGGGAAUAAUUUUAGUGUUUAUGAACUUCAAUGAUUUUAAGGUUUAAAUGUAGCGAUAAUUUAGGUGCACUAAGGAUCCUUAGUUGGCACCAUGACAUCUAACAUGUAUAGAGUUGGAGAUUAUGUUUACUUUGAAACAUCUUCAACAUCUCCGUAUCAAAUUAGAAGAAUAGAAGAGCUUAACAAAACUCCUAAUGGUAACGUAGAAGCCAAAGUGAUGUGUUUCUUCAGGCGUCGAGAUCUUCCUAAUACGCUUAUAAUGUUAGCUGAUAAACACCAAAUGGCGUCAGCUGAAGAAUCACCUGUGUCAAUGAAGCUCAAGAAAACAUAUUUAAAAGCUCCUUCUCCAGAUGAGACCGAUCCAGCCAGUAUAGGUGCCUUAGAUGUGGAGAUGGAAGGGAAGGACUCCCUGAGUGGCAAGCAGCGCCAUCAACUAAAGCACCGAGAACUAUUCCUCUCCCGUCAGGUGGAGACCCUCCCUGCAACCCACAUACGUGGAAAAUGUUCGGUCACUCUACUUAACGAAACAGAGUCGUUUCUCUCCUAUCUUAACAAAGAUGAUACCUUCUUCUACUGUCUAGUAUUUGACCCGACGCAAAAAACAUUGCUAGCGGACAAAGGAGAGAUCAGAGUUGGUUCGAGAUACCAAUCUGACAUCCCGCCCAUGUUGAGAGAAGAUGAAGCAGACCUCAGACAAGAAGAAGACUUAGAAACACUAGUCUGGACACCCUCACAUCAUUUAACAGAUAGACAAAUAGACCAAUUUUUAGUUAUUUCAAGAUCAGUGGGGACAUUUGCUCGAGCCCUAGACUGCUCCAGUUCUGUCAAACAGCCAAGUUUGCACAUGAGCGCAGCUGCCGCUUCAAGGGAUAUUACAUUGUUCCAUGCAAUGGACACACUUCACCAGCACAACUACGACCUAGCAGAAGCCAUCAGUUCCUUGGUGCCUAGCACUGGUCCUGUUCUCUGUCGGGAUGAAAUGGAAGAGUGGUCAGCAUCUGAAGCGAACCUAUUUGAGGAGGCCCUUGAAAAAUAUGGGAAAGACUUUAAUGACAUCAGACAAGAUUUUUUACCCUGGAAGACGCUAAAGAACAUCAUAGAGUACUACUACAUGUGGAAGACCACAGACAGAUACGUGCAGCAGAAGAGGGUUAAAGCUGUGGAAGCAGAGUCCAAGCUUAAACAAGUUUACAUUCCUAAUUACAACAAACCAAACGCCCCUGUCAUAAACAACAAUAAGGGAGUGAUGAACGGAAAUAGUAAUGGAGACACAAUAAUCAGUGGCAAAGCUUGUGAAUCAUGCAACACUGUCUCGUCGUCUCAGUGGUAUGCAUGGGGUCCCUCACACAUGCAAUGUAAGCUCUGUCACACCUGUUGGCAGUACUGGAAAAAAUAUGGAGGCCUAAAGACACCUUCUAGGAUAGGAGACUCAGAAAUGGAUGUUGCUAAGAAAAAAUCUGGAAGCAUAUCAGAUGAAGAUGUUUCUAUGUUUGCAGAACGGGCACCUUCCAGUAUGACUUCUCACCGGCCUCACAGAUGCAGUAUUAUUGGUUGUGCUAAGGAGUUCAAACUAAAGGCACAUUUAGCUCGACACUAUGCAACGGCACACGGACUUGCCAUUCGUUCGGGCAGUCCACGUCCUAUUAUGAAGACUAGAACAGCAUUCUACUUGCACACCACACCACUGACUCGCUUGGCUCGUCGUCUGUGUCGCCACAUACUGCAGCCAAGACAUGCUGCACGUGCACCCUUCUGGCCCAUCAAUGUACCUGCUAUCAAACAAGAGUAUCAACUACAGACAAUGGGCAAGAACAUGGGUGAGUUGGCUACAGUGUGGCCUAGGAAAGAUCGUGGCAGUGUGACCAACAUCGCCACACGCCUGGGUCAGGCUCGCCAUCACGAACUCAUUGUACCAGAUUGGCUGGCACCCACAGAGAAGGAUAGAUUGCCCCGUCAAGACCGCAUUGCUUUCCCAAAGCCACCAAAGGCUCCAGAUGGUAGUUUGAUGUAUGAGAGAGUGCCAAACAAACCUGAAGCCGAGAAAGCUGCCAUGAAUAACUUGUCACCAUCACUCAAAAGGAGAGCAUUUGAAGAUAUGAAUGGCAUGGAUGAUAUGGAUUGGGAUGAUGGUGUGAUGUUCAGCAAUGUAGGACCCCCAAUCAAGAGACCAAGGGAGGGGCCUCUGGGACCUCGUACAGUUGUCAAUCACCUCAAUGGCAAGACACGAGUUGGUUCUAGUGUCGCUAGAAUUGGUCGGAAACAAGUUAUUUCUUGGAUGGAUGCCCCAGAUGAUGUAUAUUUUCGCUCCACUGACGGUACUAAAAAAGUUCGGCGUCAGUUAACAGCGGUGGAGUUGAGGAGGGCGGCUCGUAAGCCGUGGAGGAAGCUGUCUGCCAAAGGGUUUGAGGACAUGGUCGUGCACUUGGAGUGAUACUGAACACAACCAGCUCAAUUGUACUCUGACAACUAUCAAGACUACCUACAAAAUAUCUAAUUUACUGAUAUCAAAGUCUUGACAAUCUACUUGAUUAGAAUAUUGUCUUUGAGACCCCUAAAGGCAUAUCAGAUUUACUCAAAUACCAUUAAACUUGCACACUAUGUGUUAUAUUUUUAUUUCCCAGUAUUUGAUUUGUCAACCUUUGCUACUACUGUAUUGUCAGUGUGUUCUUGGACAUCUCUUGUCCACUUGUAAAAACAUUAUCAGAUACUUCAAACAUUUCAAGCGAGAGAAGAAGCUAUCACUGUAGGUCGCAUAAUAUAAAACUCAGAUCUAGAACCAAUUUAUUUUUAAUUCUGCAGAGGCCAAAAAUAAUAAAUUUAUACACGUCUGUGAAUGCACAAUUGUCAACUCAUACAAUUAUAUAAACUGUAUUCAGUGAAAUUUUGCAUUAAAGUGUACUAUUGGCUGGAUGAGCACUCAUAAGCUCCAAAUCACCAAGAUCAGGUAAUAGAAACCAAAUAUUAUAGGAUUUUUCAUUUUUCAAAGCUCUUUUUUCAUUAAUCAUUUAGUGAUAAAAAACAAACUAAACUAAUUUGAUUUAAAUAGGGAAUAAAUCUGACAUUUUUUAAGGAGAUAUUUUAGUGAAAAUCCAAUCAAACAAAUGGAAAUCCGUUAGUCUGCAGCUUUGCUGCUUUUUCAAAUCAAAUUUCAUUCUAAACCAUAACGUUUUACUAAAAAGAUUGUAUCACCUAUCCUGUAGCAGCAAUCUUGAGCACUCGUUUAACCUAAUAUUAUUUUAAGUAAAGAAUAAAACUCACAUGUUUAAAGGAAUAUUUUAGUAAAAAUCCAAACAUGCAUGGAAAUAUGCUGAGGCUGCAGGUUGCUGCCAUGGGAGCAUCGUUUUAUAUUUUUAUUCAUUAUAUAAAAUGUGGAAAAACUUUGUUAAUGUUUUAAUUGAGCACCUAUCAACCAUUUAAUAAAUAAAUAAUUCUGUAUAUUGAAGCAUUAUUGUACACCGGUCGUGCUUCAAUAUGGUUAUGGUUCAAUAUGGAGAGUUCAAUAUGGUUAGAGAGAAAAAUUUAUAAAACUGUAAAUUUGAAAUUCCAAUUUUAUUCUUAUUAUAGAGAAUAAAUAAACUGUUGUAAUUUACUUGGUAAGGGAUAUAUUUUGAGAAAAUUUAAUAAAUUUGUUUGUUUCAUGCUAAGCUAUAAACAUUUCAAUAAAAAACACAAUUUAUUACCUUCCCUGAAUCAGCAAACCUAUUAACUUAUUAAAAUUAAUGUUUGUUAAUUAGCAAAUAAAUCAUACAUUUUUAGGGAAUAUUUUGUUGAACAUCCAAGCAGGUAAAUGGAAAUUGCUUAGUCUGCAGGUUUGCUGUUUUAGUGGUAUUUUUAUUUAAGAUGUACAUCUACUGUUUGGAAUACUGAAGUGUGAAUCGGUUUCCUGUUGAUUUGUUGAUUGAAGGCUUGGUAUUUGUCAGAAUACAACUGGCUUCUGUAAGUUUUACUGUGGUCUUUGAUGGAUCUACGACAGCAAGUGUGUCGUGUCUAAUAGUUAUAUACUACUUGUACAUAUAGCUGGUAAUUUUUCAUUAUUUAUAUAAUAAUUUUAAGUAGGAUUGUAAUGGAUAUGAUGACUUAUAGAAUAUCCAGAUCUCAUCUAACUGUUUAAGGACAGUAUCAUAUUUUCAUCAUGUUUGAAAUUUUCGGUUCUACUGUAUAGAGCGCCGAAACUUUCCAUCCUCCCCAAGUGGGAAUGAGAUCACUUCGAGUUUUGUUAAUAAAUGUAAAUUUUUUUCUUUGUAACAAAUCGAGUGUUUCAAGCUUAAUUAAUGUGAAUAUAGAUUUGGAAACCCUUUUGUUGCAACAUUGUAUAGACUGUAAUGUUAUGUCAAUUAAAAUUAAUUGUAAAAAAAUUAAAAUCCACUCAAGAUUUACAGUCUAUUGUUAGCCGUGGCAAUAAUAUGUUUAAUGUAAUGAGUUGUGAAAAUCAAAGCAAAGAAAAGUCUUAAUAUUCCUCCAUCCCAUUGUUUUAUGUUUUAUCUUGUUGAGUCAUAAAUACCAAUAUUUUGUAAUUUGUUUUCUCUUGUUCAAACCUGAGCACUUAGUCUGAUGCACAAUUGCAAUGAAACUAAAAUACGUAAUUAUAUUUUUGGUUUCAGUGUACUGAAAUGUAUGGUGCAUACUUGUACCUUUUACACUGCUCUUAUGUUGUAUAUAUAAUGUGUAAGACAGAAUUUGCAGUGGUCUUGAAGGCUUCAAUAAUUAUUUUUUCUGUAUAAUUUCUUUUUAAGUCUUUAUUAAUAAAAUGAAGUACG